UGAGGUCGCUGAACGCAACACGCAGCAGGGCCGACUGGGCAUACUGGGCAGUGGAGUAGCACCAGGGACUGCGGAUGACAGCUCGCAGUCCUGCACUGAACCGGUCGGCGUGCUAUUGCGAUAGCAACAGCCAUGGAAGCAGGAAGAGGCGCCGUGAGAGACUGAGCCCGCCUCUGUCACAGCCUGUGGGGAGACAAGUCGUCUCUCGUUCCCGGGUGUACCGGGAACCCCUGCUUUCUUGAAGGUAGCGAGGAUCAGAUAACCGUGCAGGAUCACGCCAAUAUGGAGAGCUCCGGAGAGACCGGCUGGCCGCCGAAGUCGGAGACGUGCGUGCAGCCGCCGCCGGCGCCGCCACACUGCUGCUCGGCCCGCGACGGGAAGGCCUUCCGGAGCAAGCCCAAGGCCAGGAGUAUGUCCACUUCGUCGGUGCCCAGCUGUGCGGAGUUCAGGCGGACUCAGUCACUGCAUGGGCCAAGCCCGGUGACCACAUUUGGCCCAAAAGCCUGUAUGCUGAAGAACCCUAAAGCAGUAAUGCACAUUCAGGACCCUGCAAGCCAGAGGUUGACGUGGAACAAGCCACCCAAAAGUGUCCUUGUCAUUAAAAAGAUCCAAGAUGUCAGUCUGCUGCAGCCUUUUAAAGAGCUUUGCAUCUUCCUCACAGAGCAGAAACAGAUGCUUGUUUACGUGGAGAGGAAAGUCCUGGAGGACCCAGCCAUCGCCAACGACGACAGCUUCGUGGCCGUCAAAAAGAAGUUUUGCACUUUCAGAGAAGACUUUGAUGACAUCUCCAAUCGCGUGGACUUCAUUAUUUGUUUGGGAGGAGACGGAACUUUGCUAUACGCUUCGUCACUCUUUCAAGAGAGUGUCCCUCCUGUUAUGGCCUUCCAUUUGGGAUCUCUGGGCUUCCUGACACCUUUCAACUUUGAUACCUACCAGACUCAGGUCACGCAGGUUAUAGAAGGCAACGCGGCCAUCGUCCUGCGCAGCCGGCUCAGCGUGCGAGUGGUGAAGGAGAGGCGAGAAAAAGGGCGGGCCAAAGACAGAAAGCUGAUCCUCAGCAACGGCGACGCCGAGCCUGCCCGCAGAGCUAUGCAAUACCAAGUGCUGAAUGAGGUGGUGGUGGACCGAGGCCCUUCUUCCUACCUCUCUAACGUUGACCUCUUCCUGGAUGGUCACCUGAUCACCACCGUACAAGGCGAUGGAGUUAUAGUGUCCACUCCUACGGGCAGUACUGCGUACGCUGUGGCGGCAGGCGCCUCCAUGAUCCACCCCAAUGUCCCUGCCAUCAUGAUCACGCCCAUCUGCCCCCACUCGCUCUCCUUCCGACCCAUCGUUGUACCUGCCGGUGUCGAGCUCAAGGUUAUGCUGUCACGGGAGGCCAGGAACAACGCCUGGGUUUCCUUCGACGGGAGGAAGCGCCAGGAGAUCGGCCAAGGGGACAGCAUCACCAUCACCACCUCCUGCUUCCCUGUCCCUUCCAUCUGCUUCCGCGACCCGGUGAACGACUGGUUCGAGAGCCUGGCUCAGUGUCUGCACUGGAACGUGCGCAAGAAGCAGGGCUACAUGAGCUCGGAGGAGGAGGAGGUGGAGGAACCGUGAGGCGGGGUCGGGCCGCGGGCGCGCACUCUGCCCUCACCAGAGGCCCGCCCCCACGCUGCUACCGGUCUGCUCUCUCCAACCUGCUGGGACUGUCCCAAGCCCCUCCAGAACUUCUGACCACAGACUCUAGUGAAACCACUGUCCUUCUUGGUCACAUUUUUGGUGUCUGUCUGUAAUGUUUCCAAAUGUUUUAAGUUUGUAGUUAGUGUAUGACACAUUACUGUCAUAAGCUGCCAGGAAGUCAGAACUGUCACAGCGAAUGAGUUUCAAAUGAAGCAGAAUGCUGCGAAAGAAACGCCAGGUGUCGUUCGCUCACCCAGGAGGUGUGCUUAAACGCCACAGCAAUAAGUAAAUAUCAGUUGAAUUGUGCCUUAAAUUACCUAGAAUGUUACAAAGAAAUCCUUGGGGGGGGGGGGGGUACCAGUUUCUUACAUUGUACUUUAAAUUUGUGCGUCACGGUUACAGACAUUCUGUAAAAUUGACCCAGAGUGACCCAUUUGUGCAGGAGUCUGUGAAACAAGCCAUCUGUAUUGCUUGAAUAUUCAUAAUACCUGUGUCUGUGUGUGUGUCUGUGUGUGUGUCUGUGUCUGAGGGCAGGCGGGCUGGCUAUGUGUAUGUGUUGGAAAUAUUAGGACACUGCAGUGUUGUUGAAGUCCUACAGGCUGACAACCAGCUUGAGUAUGGUGAUCUCACAACUAGUCCAUUCCAGGUCUACUAGGACCAAAGUUACAUGUUCGUUUAAAGUUCAACAACAUUAUGAGCAAUAUUUGUUAAGUAACUCAUUCCUUAACUUUCAUAUUAUUCCAGCAUAUGGCCUCUGUGUGUAUGCUUGUUUGUUUGU